GCUGAGUGGUGCCUGAGAGUCACUUUCUAGCCCCUCUUUCGCAUGUCAUAGUAGCGCAACAGGCAAGAAAUGUGCUCUCCAUGGGGACUGGGAUGCAGAAAGGAGAUUGUGUCACCCUCUCGGACUUUGCGUUCGAUGUUCUUUGCUGCCAUGUUGCUUACUAUGCCGGUCGCAUACUUGCUGGUGAAUGGCAACUAUUACGACAGAUAUCUGUGCCAAGAUGCAAAGAAGCAAGUCACAGUGCUCCACGAGCCCAAGCAAGCUGAAUACUAUAAUUUGUAUGGCGUCUUGAAUAUCACUCACGAAAUCGAGCCGGUUGGAAACAAAGAAGAGAUGACUCUGGAAUCUGCAUCACACAGAAUAAUAAAGAGCAAAACUGUUAACAGACCUCCAAGAAUCCCUGGUUUUGCUGAACCGCGAUCAGCCGAUCAACCCGAAGGAAAUCAAUCGUCGUUGUCUUUCGUCGCUGAAGCAUACGUCAUAGUCGACAGCGAGCUCACGAAGAGAGUGCAGAGAAAAGGCAAAACUGUGCAGCAAUAUGUAACUGAGUUCAUGGCUUCGGUGAGCCGUGUCCUGCAAACGCUUGAACCUCCUGGAAGCAUUGUUGUGACAACUAUUCAAAUCAAUAAUGCUGGGGCGGAGGAACAUCUCGUCUUUACAAAUGGAAACUAUGUCGACAGCCAGAAGACGCUCGCGAAGUUGGUAAUACAAGCAACAUCAAACAGCAAAUGGCAGCACGUGGAUAUGAUCAUCAUGUUGAUAGGGCGAGAGAUGGUACAAGUCGGUCCCAAUGGCCAUAACUUGGUGUCUUAUGGUGCAGCGUUUACUGGAACAGUGUGCACUCCACGAAACGUGAUGGUUGUUGCAGACAAUGGCAAGAAGUUUGCGGGGGUUAUGAGUGCCGUUCACGAAAUAGGCCACUUAUUAGGUUCUCCUCAUGACGGGGGCCCAUGGUCUUCAGAGUGUGCGCCUAGUGUCGGAUACAUAAUGAGUCCAUCAGCCGAAGGCGAUAUCCGGCUUGAAUUCUCUGACUGCAGCAAGAGAGCCAUCAGAUCCUUUGUGACGAACCAUGCUACGUGCUUAUUCGUACAAAAUAAUAUGCCUAACGCGACUGAUGCAGAUGCUGCCAUAAGUAAGGUGGACACAAAACAUCAAAAAGAAAGCAAAAGGAAGUGCAGUGUGUACCUGCAGCAAGGCGAAUAUCUCUUGCGUGCAGAGCAAAAGGACAAGAACUACCCCAAAUGUAAUGUCAUCUGCACUGCUGUCUCAAGAUCAUCAUCUAGGGAGAGGGUUUUUGCUGUGGUUGCACCUGAUGGGAUACCGUGCAACAAGUCAGACCUUUCCAAGGUCUGCAAGAGGGGGCGAUGCAAGCACGUAAAAAAUUAAACCUGAACAUUGAGUCGACUCACUCGAGAACAAGUGACACCAAUUUAUUCUCGCAGAAAUCAUGCAACGGUGGCUUGCUUCCUGUAGUUUAUUAGUGGUUUGAUUAAAUCGCCUGAUUACAUAAGAAGAUAGCACUGUACCCAGUUUAUUAACGCAUAAGAUUUAUUGAGGAUUGUUUUUACACUGUUAAAGUAGUUUUGCCUAGCCAGUUCCCAAUGGAUUAUUAAACGUGAUAAAAAACGUCUACAAAUUAUAAUAAUGGGGUAUCGAACAUGAAACGCCUCAUGCUAAUUGAUUACAAGUCUAUAUGGUUAAAAGAUGAAAACACACAACAUCACCAUCGCCCAAAACGAAAAUUGCUAGCUAACCGGGAUUGCUUAAGAACAAAGAAGACUUG